AUGGCGAGGCCCGCCAAGUGGGAGAAGCCGUGGGAGGCAGCGCGCUGGCCGCCCUUGGCCGUCCCCUCCGCCCACGCCACCUCCAUCACCGACGUGCCGCUCAAGAGCGCCACAGACGUCUGCCAGACCGUCGUCGCCGCCGCCAACGACGCCCUCGGCCAGCUAAGGGACUUCCUCAACAGAUACACGAAAGUGAUACACGGAAUGAAUUUUGAUCAAGUGGAUCGCCCAUGGAAAUCCCUUUACGUUGGGUGGCUGUACACUCCUGAAGAAGUACCAAAAAGUCUUGGAGAAACACUGAACUCAGAAUACUUUUAUAACAUUUCCCUAGACGCGGAGCUGGUGAAGACGUACAACCUGAUGCAAAGACACGCCGUGGCUCUGGAACAGCUGGCCUGGGACCACGAGGAGCUGCACACGCAGUUCGCUCAGGACUUUGAGGACACCGAGCACCACCUCCUCUGCGUGCUGGCGGCGCUGGACGUGGGCGUGCGCUUCCUACGGCUGGAGCAGCCGCGGCCCGUCGGCCGCGAGGCCAUGAGCUUCGGGUGCCGGCAGAUGCGCGGGCCCGCGGCGCGCAUGCGCGACUGGCUCAUCCUGCGCCACUACACCAACCUGCUAGAGUACGUCGCGCAGGUGUUCACCGGCCUGCAGGGGCACCCGGCCGCCAGGUUUAACUACUGA